AUGUUGGACCCUGAAGACUGCAGCCUGUCCCUAGACAGCAUGUUCUUUGAAGGGCCAGUUGUGCACAAAGUAAAGCCACUUUGUCAAGAGGUAAGGCAUUGGCAGUUGGAACCCCCUCCCUCCAACUCCCAGAUUCCAUCUACUCAGGACAUUCAGAGAGAGGCCGAGAGUUUACCAUACAGUUUCUCUCAGAAGUCUAAGACAUUUCUCCCACCACUGAAAAGAGUAGAAGGCAGUGACAAAUUCACCAUCAGAAAUACACACUUUCCAAACAUUGAUGAUGGUAAACAGCCUGGGGAGGAAGACAGGUAUAGCCCCUGGGAGGUCGAAGCUAAGAGUUACAGAGGUAGCAGUGAAACCCCACAGGAUUCCUGUCAUGUGCUGGAGAUGAGAAGUUUCCCCCCUCUAAGGAGAAGUUUGUUCAAACCCCCAAGAGGGCAGGUAUCGAACAGCGAAGAAACAGACGUGAGCAGCGACCACAGAAGCCAGCCAAGACCCAGAGCACAAACUUUCCUUCGCCACCAGGUUUCCAUGGCGACAGAGCUUCAGCCGGUGAGCCAGUCAGCUGCUGUCCCUAGGCCCCUCCCAGGUCUGGGCCCGCCUGCAGCGGGUGGUCCCCUGCAGCCGAUGCAGGAAAAGGGGACAAAGAAGGCUCAUGUUCUACCCAUGACACCCCAGCCCCUCCACAUUCAAGGUAGUUCUGGGGCUGGAGUGCUCCGUCCAGUGUCUGAAAUCCCUGCAAAGUUCAGAUCUGUUUUCAAGGAGUUCCCUUUUUUCAACUAUGUCCAGUCUAAAGCCCUGGAUGAUGUCCUUUACACAAGUAAGAACUUUGUGGCUUGUGCCCCAACUGGCUCUGGUAAAACAGUGCUGUUUGAGCUAGCCAUCACCCGAUUACUGAUGGAGACCUCAGAGCCCUGGAAAAAUGUCAAAGCUGUAUACAUGGCCCCCAUCAAAGCUUUGUGCAGCCAGCGGUAUGAAGACUGGAAACAGAAGUUUGGACCUCUGGGGCUGAGCUGCAAGGAGUUGACAGGAGACACAGAAAUCGAUGACUUCUUUGAGAUUCAGGAUGCCCACAUUAUUAUGACUACGCCCGAAAAAUGGGACAGCAUGACCAGGAAGUGGAGGGAUAACUGCCUGUUACAGUUGGUCCGGCUCUUUCUGAUUGAUGAGGUCCAUGUGGUGAAGGACAAGACUCGUGGAGCCACACUGGAGGUGGUGGUGAGUAGGAUGAAAACAGUCCACGCCUACCGGAUCUCUGAGAACCCCCAGGCAGACCUCUCGAUGAGGUUCGUGGCCGUCUCUGCCACCAUUCCCAACAUCGCGGACAUAGCUGACUGGCUCUGUGACUCUGGAGGCCCUGCUACGUGCCUGGAGAUGGACGAGAGCCACCGGCCAGUCAAACUGAGGAAGGUGGUGCUGGGCUUUCCCUGCAGCAGCAACCAGACAGAGUUCAAGUUUGACCUGUCGCUCAACUACAAGAUGGCCAACAUCAUUCAGACCUACUCAGACCAUAAGCCUUCUCUUGUGUUUUGCUCCACCAGAAAGGGAGUUCAGCAGUCAGCCACUGUCCUGGCCAAGGAUGCCAGAUUCAUCAUGAGCAUCGAGCAUAAGCAGAGGUUGACAAAGUAUGCAAACUCCAUCCAAGAUUCUAAACUCAGAGAUCUGCUGCUGGUGGGCGUUGGUUACCACCAUGCCGGAGUUGAUAUGUCAGACAGGAAGUGCAUUGAAGAGGCCUUCACCAUGGGAGACCUGCCUGUACUGUUCACCACCAGCACACUUGCUAUGGGCGUGAACCUGCCCGCCCACUUGGUGGUGAUCAAGUCUACCAUGCAUUACAUCGGGGGCUCCUGCGAGGAGUACAGCGAGGCCGACAUGCUGCAGAUGAUUGGUCGAGCCGGCCGGCCGCAGUUUGAUUCCUCGGCGACUGCAGUGAUCAUGACCAAGUCCCAAACCAAAGACAAGUACAUGCAGUUCAUGAAUGGGGCAGAGAUCAUAGAGAGCAGCUUGCAUGGUCACCUGGUGGAGCACCUGAAUGCUGAGAUCGUCCUCCACACCAUCUCUGACGUCCAUAUGGCCCUGGACUGGAUCCGCUCCACCUUCCUCUACAUCCGAGCCCUGAAGAACCCCAAACACUACGGGUUUUCCAGUGAUCUGGACAGACGUGGAAUUGAAGCCAAAUUACAAGAGCUCUGUUUGAAGAACCUCAACUCGCUGGCGUCCGUAGACCUGGUCUCCAUGGAUGAAGAUGUCAACAUCAAAGCUACAGAGGGAGGCCGGCUGAUGGCGAGAUACUGUGUAGCCUUCGACACCAUGAAGGAGUUCAGCAAAGUGUCUGGAACAGAGACCUUACCUGAGAUGAUUGAACUGCUGGCAAAGGGCAAAGAGUUCUCUGAUGUGCAGCUGAGAGUUAAUGAGAAGAGAACUCUGAACACUCUAAACAAGGACAAGAACAGGAUCACCAUCAGGUAUUCCAUGGAAGGAAAAAUCAAAAACAACGAAAUGAAAGUGAAUUGCUUGAUUCAGGCUCAGCUGAGCUCCAUCCCUAUCCAGGAGUUUGGGCUCACCCAGGAUACAGCGAAAAUCUUCAGAAAUGGAGUCAGAAUCAGCAAAUGUUUGGCAGAGUUCCUAAACCAGCGCUCCAGGACCGGCUUCUCUGCUCUUCUCAGUGCCCUGAUCCUGGCCAAGUGUUUCAGGGCUAAGCUGUGGGAGAACUCACCCUAUGUUGCAAAGCAACUGGACAAAAUAGGAUUGACCCUCUCGACUGCCCUGGUGAAUGCUGGCCUCACCACCUUCAACAAGAUCGAACAAACCAACGCCAGAGAACUGGAGCUGAUUGUCAACAGACAUCCUCCAUUUGGCAACCAAAUCAGAGAGUCCAUCAUCGGUCUCCCCAAGUAUGAAGCUAGUUUGGAGCAGCUCCCGAGAUACAGCGUUGCCACUGCAGAGAUCGUGGUGACGGUCAACCUGAAGAACCGUGAGGAUCUGCUGUCUAAGAGGACAGCCCCCGACCACCACUAUGUCACCCUGCUGAUCGGGGACUGUGACAACAACGUGGUCUUCCUGCAAAAACUCUCAGACUUGAUGCUGUUGAAAUCUGGCAGUUGGUCCAAGAAGAUUGAGGUUGCAAAAGCUUCAAAAGGAGAGGAGAUCAGUGUGAAUCUGAUCAGCUCAGAAUACGUGGGACUGGACAUUCAGCAGAAGUUCAGUGCCUUCUAUUCAGGAGCAAAGAGGUUUGCAGCUGAACCUAUAGAGCCCCCUCCACCUGGGAUGCAGAGAGCCCUGACCUGCCAUCAGAGUGCCCAGGGCUCAGGGCCCAGAGUCCAGCCCCCAGCUCCACAGGCUGGGGCGGCUGCACGGGGGAGGAAUGCCACAUCCAUAUGUGAGACAGAAAAGGGCCUCUCAGAACCAGAUCCUGGCAAAAGGCAGUGCAACCACUUCUGCAAAAACAAGGAUCUGUGUGGCCAUGACUGCUGCAAAGUGGGAGUGCCCAGGGUUCUGAAGAGGCCUGUGAAUCCUGGGUCGAGUUUCUCCUCCUACCUCAGAGACUUGAAGAAGAGGAGCGAUGCGCUGGCUGAGACGCCUGUCAAACGCCUCAAGAUGAGAGUGUGUGGUGACAGUGAGUCUGUAAAUAUGCAGCAGUUCUCAUAUAAACCCAAGCCAACCCUACCUAGUGUCAGCAGGUACCACAGUGCUCAGAGUGUAGAAUCGGCAGAGGGGUUUGCUACAACUCAAGAACUGGCAUAUCAGGAAAGCUUUGACAAUGAGUAUGGUGACUACCUAGAAGAUAUCUAUGAGACCAUGGGAGUAGAGAAGGUUCCAGCUCUCCAAACCCCUGCCCUGUCACAAAGCGUCCCCGUUUGGAGUAAACCCACUGAGAUCAGAGGUUACGCAGAGAGUUCCAGCACUGGUUCUGUCAACGACAGCAGCUUCUUCUCGUCACUGCACACCCCGAACGUGAACUUUGACCUGGGAGAUGAAUGGGAUGACUGGGAUGACUUUGACGAGGAGAACUUGGUACAUGCUAGUGAGGUGCCCUGCACUGCCAAAACACUGGCAGUGGACUGCAGCAAGUCAAAAGGCUACUCAACACCGCAUCCUCCCAUUCAAGCACAACUGAAACCACGCUUCACUAUGACUAGCACCCCAGUAAGGUGAGGCCAAGCCACAGACAUGUGUCA